UCCAUCGCCGGCUUCCGUACCGACCACACUAAACUAUUAAAAAUCAUUAUUUUUUCACAUCACCCUCGAAUUUAAUCAAAAAAUCCACCCAAUCUCAAGCCAUCCCGACUAAUUCUCAUUUUUUUUUCUUUAUUUUCUCUCGUCGGUGGAAGACAAGUGGUCAAGGAUUUUCAUUAACCGGAGUUUUUUUUUAUUGGACAUCAUUUUCUUCAUCCUGCAACAUUUCCACUGUUUAUUGGAUCAUCAGCGGAACUGAAUUGCUUCGGGAUACGGAAGAUGACGGAGUUGAGUGCCGGGCUGUACCGGCCUGGAAUAAUUCUCUGGCUUCUAGCCCUUCUUAUUCUACACCAUACACAUUCCGCGCCAGUAUACGACGAGGAUGCCACACAAGUUGCGGAGUACCAAGGCUCUGCUACUGGAUGUUAUUAUAAUUUUCAACACUACGAGGAAGGCGACAGAAUAUUGACGAAUGAGCCAUGCCUGAACUGCACGUGUCACAAUCGGAUGUUGAUGUGUUAUUUGCGUGUAUGUCCAUUCACCAAGGCCAUAGGUCAGGAUUGUAAAGUCGAGAAACGUCCGGACCAGUGUUGUCCUGUGAUAACGUGCCCCGAAGUCCCUGUACAAUUGCUAACAUCAACGACGAGUGCACCAUCGACUGACUCAACUGAAGUUGGAUUUCAUGAUAACUACGGAUGCAGUAUUAAUAAUAAAUUUUAUGCCGAUGGUGCACAAUUACCCACUGAUUCUAACAAUCCUUGUGAGCUGUGCUACUGCAUCAGAAAUGCAACGACAUGUCUCAUGCAGGAGUGUACACUCAAUGUAGCUGGCUGCAAACCGGUUCAUCAUCCAGGAAUCUGUUGUCCAGUCAAAUAUAAUUGCGAUCAUGAAGAAGAGCCUCUGACGACUCCAAGCCCGACUACUGGUCUGAUAAUGACAACAACUGUGGCACCUGGUCUGUGCUCCUACGAGGGCCAAGUUUAUAAUGACGGUGAGCGUAUUUACUCAGGACAGCCUUGCCAACAUUGCUACUGCUUCCGCGGUGACAUAGCAUGUGCCGUUCAAGACUGUGGAACACCAAUGAAGACUCAUGGAAAAAAUUGUACAGCUCUGCCACCACCAGAAGGCCAAUGCUGCCCAACCACGUACGAAUGCGAAGGGGAUAGUGGAGUGCCAGAUGAUGAGAAGCAGCAUCAAGUGACUCCGGAUGAGAAUGAAAUUCAAGCGACACAGGCACCACUACCAGUGGAGGAAGAGGAUGAAGAGCAGAAACCUGAGGAGAUUUUCCCAGGUGCUGACAAUGCCAUUCCUCCUCAGGUUCAGCAGACUGAAGGGACACCAACGGAGAGUGCGCCGUCAGGAGAGGGUAACGAAGUGCCCGAGAGGGAACCAUCUGGACCAAAAGAGACAACAGCUCAAUCAGCUGUUACUGUAGGUGAUGAGCAGAUGACUGAGGCACCAGUGAUUGAGGAUAAAAUAUCACCGGAAGAGGGACAGACGACUGAGGAUGUUCAGAAACCCGAGGAACCGGAAAUUCCUCAAGAAAUUACUCAUCGUCCAACUCCAUCAGGGACUAAGCCAAUGAUUCCAGGCAGAAGAGAAGAUCAAGAACCAAUAGAGGAAGACCUGGGGAGGAAGCCUGAAGAAGUCACUACCGCACCGGAAGUCCAGGCGACUGAGGCGCAUGGAUUGGAGCAAGCAACAGAAGAACCUGAAAUUCACACAGAGCACAUACCAACUCAGGAGUCUGAAUCUGAACAGCAGACAGAGAAGCCUGAGAUUCAUGGAAUACCAACAGAGGCACCAGUGGGAGAGGAUAACGAAGUGCCUAAUGGUGAAGCGCCGAAAGCCACAGAAAGUAGCAUCACCGUUGGCGAGCCUGACGUCACGCCUGGAACAAUCGAAGAGGUCACGGAGAAAAAACCGGAAGAUACUGGAACGGGAGCUGUUGCAACUGAGGAAAUUCCAACGACGGCACCAGAGGCUCCACACAUUUCCACGGAAAGUCCAGAAGAGAAACCGAUUAGCGAAGAGAAACCCAUUGACGGACAGACACCUGCUGAGCCUGAAGAGAAGCCAGAGAUCACUUCUGCACCAGGGGAAGAAGGAACGCCGGGGCCCAGUGAGCAAGUCACAGAGAAACCGGAAGACAAUAUACCAGAGGUACCGACUGAAGGACCGGCUGGUAUAUCCGUUCCUCCGAGACUCCCAGAGAGGAGAGUUGAGGAUGAAGAAACCGUAACUGAAGUACAUGUCACUCAUGGAUACGAUAGGACAGAGUCCGAGACGCAAGCGCCUGAUAAUUUAGUGACUGUAGCCCCAGGAAUUGUUCAACCGGUAGAGGCGGUAGGAGAGCCCAAGCCUGAGGAAGAACAGAAGCCAGAGGAAGAACAGAAACCUGAAGAAGAACAGAAGCCUGAGGAGGAGCAGAAACCUGUGGAAGACAAACCAGCAGAGCCCGAAUCUUCUGAGGCUCCAGCAACUCACUCCGGUGAAUCAACGGAAACGAUUUCUACUGAAGAUACUCAGCGCGUUACUUCACCCACUGGAGCAGUCGAGACUGAAGCACCUGGUGUUUCAGGAGAGGCAUCAACUGAGCCUAGCCAGUCCACAGAGUCGUCCGCCGAGGAAAUGCCAACGAAAGGAUUGGAAGUGAGCGGUGAAACGAGUUCUGAAGAGACAAGCUUCGAAAGUGGAACGCAAGCCACAAGCUCCGAAGGAACGUCAUCCGAAGAGGUUGAAGAACAUCCGACUGCUUCCAUUCCAUCUGCAGAGUCUUUGACAAUCCAACCGACGGAGGCCCCGAUUGAAGUUAAUCCAGAAGCCACAACUGGAGCUGCAACCCCUGAGGAAGAACAAACGCAAUCUACAGAAUCUAAUAUUACUAAAGAAGCACCAGCUACUGAAUCACAUCCAAGUCCAUCUGGAGAAGGAACUGAGGCCCCACAUGCAGAAGAGCCUGUCACUGUGACUGAAGAAUCCCCGGAAAAAGUAUCUGAAACCCCUGCUGAGACAUCUGUACCCAUUGACGAAGGUAAACCCGCGGAAAUGACACCUGCGACAGAAAUUACAACUUCUGGAGGAAAACUUGGUGAAGAUGGUGAACACGUGACUGGCGAGCCACAGCAUGAGACUGAGUCCCCUGAAAUAAACCCUGAAGAUGGUGUUACUCAGACGGAAACAUCGGUGAAUACGCAGGAGCCAACAUCCUCAUCGGUACCUGACACAGGUGACACACAAUCGACUGAGGGAGCAAUUGUCCCUGACACAGCUCAGCCUACAGAGGGUACUUUGGUUGAGGAGAAACCAGCAGAGAGUGACAGUUCAGAGGGAAAACCAACAGAAAUUCCGAUCACUGAAGAAAAACCAACGGAAGGUACAAUUGUUGAAGAGAAACCAACGGAGGGUACAAUUGUUGGAGAGAAAGCAACGGAAAGUACGAUUGUUGAAGAAAAACCAACAGAAGGUUCAAUUGUUGAAGAGAAAGCAACAGAAGGUUCAAUUCCUGAAGAAAAGCCAACAGGAGGCCUAAUCGCUGAAGAGAAACCAACAGAAGGUUCGAUAACCGAGGGAACACCAACAGAAAGUCCAACGGUUGAAGAAAAUUCAACGGACGGUUCGAUACCGGAAGAAAAGCCAACGGAAGGUUCAGUAACCGAAGCGGAACCCAAAGAAGGUUCGACUUCUGAAGAGAAACCAACUGAAGGCCCAAUUGAUGAAGAGAAAUCAACCGACGUUCCAAUUAUUGAAGAAAAACCAACAGAAGCUUCGAUAACUGAAGAAAAAUUAACAGAAGGUCCGAUUACCGAAGAAAAGCCAACGGAAGGUUCAGUAACUGAAGAGAAACCAACAGAGGAUUCGACUACUGAAGAGAAACGAACUGAAGGUCCGAUAACUGAAGGAAAAUCAACAGAAGUUCCAACUACUGAAGAGAAAUUAACAGAGGCACCAAUUACUGAAAAAGAAGCAACAGAAGGUUCAAUUGCGGAAGAAAAACCAACAGAGGUUCCAAUUACAGAAGAGAAAUCAACCGAAGUCCCGAUUAUUGAGGAGAAACCAACGGAAGAAUCAAGACCUGGAGAAGAAACAACUCAAGCCGCCGAAGAGGCCGUAACUGAAAAAGCUGUUGAGACAGGGGAACCUGGGAGAACUCCACAGGUUGCAGUCACUGAGGCUACAGUGGCGGAGGAAAAGGUGACGGAUAAAGUUACCCCUGAAGAAACCUCCAUCUCGACUGACGAACCAACUGAAAAUGUAACGGAAGGCUUACCGAACAUUACCGAACAGCCUAGUGCAACUGAAGCGCCUAUUGCAGAAGAUAAGACCACAGAAAAUGCAGUACCUGUGGAAAAAACAACAGAAUCAAAUGAACUUCCUACUCUUACUCCUGAACAGCAACCAAUUGAGGCAACUGAAACAGUCGCACCGGUUGCCGGAGUGACGGAUGAACAAUCGACGGAACAACCAAUUGAACAGGUAACAUCGCUGCACGAACAACAGCUUGAGGAUGGAAUUGAGGGAACAUCAUCUGUGUCGGCACCUGAGGAACCAAUGACGCCUGCCCCAGAAAUUGAAACUUCCAAUCCUUCGAAAGAACAGACGGAAAGCCCAACUGAAGGAGCAGCGAAGAUACCACUACCUGAGAUUUCGACGGAACCAUCGUCUAUCGGUGGCGAACCAAGUGAAACUUCAUCGGAUAAACCAGAAACUGUUACGGAUGGGGCAACGGAGGCUGCAACAGAUGAGCCAUCAUCUGUCAUCCCUGCGAAACAAACAAUCGAACCAGUUGCAGUGGAGGCUACGACUGAACCUGUGGAACCUGCGAAACCGGACGAGAACAUCACAGAAGGAUCUGAACAGAAAAUUACAGAGAUGCCUGAGGUGAAGACAAGUGAAGCAACUCCAUCGUCUUCGUCAGAGCCUACACCGGAAACAACUGCAGAAGAUAAAUUGGGUACUGAGGCUCCCGCGCAGGAACAGACGCCUGAAGAACCUGCAGAGGUACCAGUCCAACCUCAAUUGCCGGAGAUACCAGAGGGAGAAACACCUGUCCCUGAAAUUCUGUCGCCUGAAACACCAGCACCUGCAGAGGAUACUCUAGUCCCCGAUUUCCCAGCAUACACACCCUCUGGAAUUCCAGGAGAAGGAAAUUGUUUAGUUGACGGACAGAGUUACAAUAACAAUACAGCAAUUCCACCCUCGAAUCCCUGCCAAUUGACCUGUCACUGCAUCAGCAGCAUAGUGCACUGUGAACUUGUCAAAUGUUCACCUCCAUCUUCAGAUAUGAAUAACUGCAUGCCACUUCCGUCUGCGACUGGUUGUUGUCCAAUAUACGCAUGCGAGCAAACACCAACUUCUGGUCUUGAAUCUGAUAAUCAAAUGGGUCAGACGACGGUGCGUCCUGAAGAAGGUGUAGAACAUAAGACUGAAGCCACAGUAAUGCCAACAAUCGCUGAGUCUCCUGUGGAGAAAGAGACAGUGGCACCACAGACUCAUGUAGAGACUCCUCAAGAAUCGGUGUCAGAAGUGCCGACUGGUGAGACGCCAGUGAUUCCUCACAUGCCUGAACAGACAACUGACAAACCUGAAGCACCCACGGUUGACACACCCACACAAACACCUACUCUGAAUGUCACGCCUGAAGAAGAAAUCCCAUCUCCCACGACUGCAAGCCCAGAUGUACCAGUUGAGACUACAGAAUCGGUAGUCGCUACUGAACAAGUUACUGGAGUUACCGGAGGUCAAGAAUCUACACCAAUCGAGGAGCAACAGACAAGCACGCCGGAAAUUACAGAAGAGAAAGGAGCACCUUCGGUUCCUGCAGAACCUGCGAGUAACGAACAACCUACCAUUGCACCUGAGGAGCGACCAUCGUCCGCUGCACCAGAAGAACCAUCUGAAAUUCCUGAGAGGCACACGGUCGAGCCAGGAAUGAUCAGUACUGAGAAGAUUGAUGAAUCAGGUUCCACUGGAAUGACAAUGCCUGAAGAAACGGCCACCGUUGCUUCCACUGGUAUUGCACCCUCAACAGAAACCAGUGAAGAUACUAAACCUGAAGAAGAAAAACCACUGGACAAGACCGAAAAACCUGUGGAGGCAACUGAAGUCCCGAUGGAAGGUAUACCAGAAGAUCAAACGGUGACUCCCGAACAGCCGACCAGUAUGAGCCAGGUAAAACCAACGUCUUCUGAAACUCCAGUGGAAACUCACAGCAAAGCUCCGGAAACUGAGGAAGAGACUGAAGCUUCAGUGACUCCGACAGCAACUCCUGCGGCGGUUGAAGGAGAAACAUCGAAACCUACCGAGGAAACUCCCUCCACCGCUGGUACAUCAGAAGAGGUUCCCGCAGAACUACCGCCCUCUGAAGAACCUAAGACUUCACCUGAGCAAUCCACAAAUACUCCGACAGUUGAGGAAGAAACUCAUGCGCCAACAGUUCAUGAAGGAGGGGUUACUCCCGCAGAGGAGAUUCCUGUAGGAAUGAACAAAGAAGUCAGUACUGAACAGUCAGCAUUGCCUGAAGGAGACGUAACGAAGCCUGAAGCAGAAACAACAGGAACCCCGAUUAUCUCCACUGAGACUUCAUCUCCCUCGAUCUCGGAUGAGGCCGGAACUUCGAAACCUGAAGAGCCAUCUACAGAAAGCACAGUGGAAGCACAAACAAGCGUGGCUGAUGUUACUGAAUCUAGUGUGAGCUCGACAAGCCAACCGCCGAUUUUAGCCGCUUCAACUGAGUCAGUAACCGUUCCUGAAGCUGAAGAGAAAGAAACAGAAGAAACACCAAAUGAAGCCACCAGUGCACCGACGGUUGCACCAGGUAGUGAGGGAAAACCCUCAGAUGUUCCGACCGAAGAGCCGAAACCUGAGGAAGAAAGCAAACCCGAAGAGCUUCCAACUGAAACAACGAGACCAGAGGCAAUUCCAAGUGAUAAAGAAGUGCCUCAAACUGAGCGAACUCCUUCACAACAAACCGAAGAGCCCCUCGAGACAUCAGAGACUACAGUCGCUGUGACUGAAGCUACUGCAGUUCCAACAGGAACUCCCGGAGAAUCAACUCAAGGUGAGCAAGCUACAGAGUCCGAAGUAACUGAAACAGCUCCGUCGCAAGCACCGAUUGAAGCCCAAACAGAGCCAUCAUCGAUAACCGAAGCCAAACCUGAAGAGAAGCCAGAAUCGACAGAAGAACCAAAGGUUGAAACCUCUGCACCUGAGGAACAACCAACUGAGUCGUCUGUCUCCACCCAAAAAUCUACAGAAUCACUAGUAACCGAGACUCCACUGGCUGAGGAAACCCCAAGUGCACCGACUGAGGAUCAAACUUCACGACCGAGCGAUGAACUUCCGAGUGUCACUGAUGAAGCGACAAAAUUGCCAGAAGAAUCACCAACAUCUGCUACUUCGGGACAACCAGGAGACGAUGUGACUAAGGGUGUAACUGAAGUCCCAGUUGAAGAACCAUCCGAGUCUUCGACAACUGAAGGAAAAUCGACAGAGCCCCCAAUUUCAGAAGAAAAAUCCACUGAAGCGCCACUCGAGGAGCAAAAACCAACGGAGGGUGCGAUAUCGGAAGGAAAACCAACAGAAGCUUCUGUAGAAGAGGAGAAACCAACUGAAAGACCAAUUACGGAAAAAGUGACAACGGAAGCUGAGCUUGAUAAUGAAGUACCAACGAAAGCUCCAGUGGAAAAUGAGAAACCGAUUGGAGGACCAGUUGUGGAAGAAAUGCCAACAGAAGCGACAGUCGAUGAACAAAAACCGACGGAAGCACCAGUGGAAGAGGAGAAACCAACUGAGGAGCCAAUUUCGGAAGAAAAGCCAACCGAAUCUUCAGUAGAUCAGGGAAUUCCAUCGGAGGCCUCAGUGGAAAAAGAGAAAUCGACUGAACAGCCGAUCUCUGAAGAGAAACCAACGGAUGCUCCAGUAGAAGUGGAGACACCGUCGGUGGCUCCUGCAGAAGAAACUAAACCAACUGAAAUCCCAAUUCUGGAAGAAAGACCAACAGAAAUUUCAAUGCAACCGGAAAACCCGUCGGAGACUCCAGUGGAGGAGGAAAAGCCAACUGAAGGCCCCAUCUUGGAAGAAAAACCAACGGCAACUCCGGUAGAAGAGGAAAAACCGACUGAAGCACCAAUUUCAGAGGAAAAACCUACGGAAGGUCCAGUUGCAGAAGAAAAACCGACAGAAGUUCCAGUUACAGAAGAAAAACCGACGGAAAGUUCAGUUUCAGAAGAAAAACCCACGGUAGGACCAGUUACAGCGGAAAAAGCCACGGAAAGUCCAGUUUCGGAAGAAAAACCUACGGAAGGUACGAUUUCAGAAGAAAAGGCAACGGAAGGUUCGGUUUCAGAAGAAAAACCAACAGAAGUUGCGAUUUCGGAGGCGAAGCCAACAGAAUCUUCAGUAGAAGAGGAAAAACCAUCAGAGGCCCCAGUAGAAGAAGGAAUACCCUCCGAAAUUCCAGUGGACGAAUCAAAACCAACUGAAGCGCCAAUCACAGGAGAAAACCUCACUGAAACUCCGGUCGGUGAACCUGUGACAACGGAAACCCGCCUCGGCGAAACCCCAGAGCCAUUCAAAGAAACCUCUCCGUCUCUCGAAGAAGGGACUUCAGUGCCGUCGGAAGCGACCACUUCAUCAAGUCCCGAAGAUUCCUCAACAGAAGCUGAUCAUCUACCGUCCUCUUCUCCCAUCCCUGGAGAAGAAGAACUACCAACAACAGAUGCCAGCAAGUCCCCAGAAACAUCGACCUCAGGAGAAGUUCAACCAGAAGAAACACCACAACCAUCUGAGGCAUCCCCCAGUGGUGAAGAAACAGCUGCAACCAAAUCUCCAUCGACUGAGGAGACACGUGAACCUGAAAUAGACUCUGAACAGAAGCCAGUCGAGCCUGAGGAAGAGCCUAUCCCAUCUCAACAACCAUCUGAACCAUCGCAGCCUAUCGAUGACGAUCAGCAACAAGUUCAGGUGCCAGUCUUCCCGGACGAGUCAGAAGAACCAGAUCUUCAGCAAACAGUCAGUCCCGUCGAGCACGAGCCUCAAGAACCAGAACACCCGACCUAUCCAUCAAGCACUUCCCUUCCGCCACACCAUGCUGAUGAAUAUCCAGAUCAAGCAACGGGCGAGGAGAGUCCCAAUUUCCCAGUGAAUGGUGGAACCUAUCUCGAUCACGAUGAAGACUACGGCGAGGAUGAUCAAGCUGUUUAUGGACCUGGCACAUGUCGUUACGGUGGAAAGGUUUACGUCUCGGCUCAACAAAUUCCAAGAGACGAUCCCUGCGAUUUCUGCUUCUGCUUCAGAAGUGAUAUCAUAUGUUUGCAGCAGAGUUGUCCACCACCUAUACCUGGGUGUCAUGAGGAACCAAUCAGUGGAUUCUGUUGUCCACGUUAUGAGUGUCAUGUGUCGAUGGCAACGUCCCUCAAUGUCACGACGACAACGACGACAACGACGACGACUUUACCACCUCACUUCCUCCCCCACGCUUAUAAGGGAGCGACAAGACGAAGUGGAUGUCAAAUCAAGGGACGGGCGUAUGGAGUUGGAGAAGUCAUUAGAGCAGCGUCUGGACCGUGUUUACAGUGCAAAUGCGGCAGCGACGGUAAUAUGAAAUGUGAUCCACUCCCUUGUGCGCCCGAGCCGCUCAUACGACAAAUGAUUGCUGCAGCAACUGCCAAGAAGAGGAGAUGAGCCAAUCCACAAUCCCUCGACUAAAGUCGAUGAAUAACUCUCCUCUUCAAAAAUGAUUAACGAAAAAAUCGAAAAAUUACUUAAUAGAGCUGAAAAAAAUAGGUAUGAAUGAUACGUGAAUAUGAUUAGCAGCGUAUGUGUAUAAAAGUGAAUCUGAGCGAACGGAGAAUAUUUCAAAAUGAUAAACGUAAUUCGCGAUGAUACGUACAAGAAACAAUUUAAACAGUGUGCAAUCUUUUUUUUUAAUUUUUGUCCAGUCCGGAGUGAAUGGUUGAAAGCGUAAACGUUUAACAUUUAUAUAUAAAUAUAUUAGGAUAGAGAUGCAGAAGGAUGAUGAUGAAUGAAGAAUAAGCGCGUUUCCUGGUGCCAAAAUGCUGCAUUGAAGGACGAUGAGGGAGGCAAAUGUAUUUAAAUAGAAGAACUUAGGAAGACUUGUGUACUGUGCCUUCAUCAGUGCCCGAAGGUGUCCAGAAUACCGUAGGGAAUAAAAUAACCCAGUGCUCAGAUUCGUCGACAUCCCAUGGAUGCGGUAAGAAUCGAUAGAAAUGGGUGGGGGAAAAACCGCAAAAUAAUAACGACUGAUUUGGAAUCAAUGGCAUAUCAAGCAUUUCUGCCAGCGCUCUCAUCGAUUUUGUCAGGAUAAAGAAAAAGAAUAAUGAUAAUUUAAUGGUAAAGAGGAUUCGGAGGAUUGGAGAAUUAGAGUUGUUUAGAUAGUCCUCUGGGCCACGAUAUGUGUCAGUAACGUGGAUCUUCAAGAGUUCACAUUUCUUUUAAUUGCCAUUUUAGUGCACCUUGAGAGUCUUUCCUAGUUAAUAAUUUUUAGUUUGUUUUAUUCAAUUUUUUUUUCAUAUAAAUACUUUGAAAGGCUCUUGAAGUAUUGCACUCGGUCUCUGGCACAAAUCGUGGCCCCGACACAGCUCAAUUAUCAUUGAUGCUGAUAAUUCCCGUUUUUACAGUUUUUUUUUCGAUUGAGAAAAAAAACAUGAUUAUUUCAAAAUUAUAUCUCUUCCACGUUUAUUAUCUUCAUCAGUGAAAAUUCAGCUUCGAAGAGUUUUAUACGAAAAAUGAAUAUUCUUCAUGUAAACAUACACGUGAUUAAACGUAGCUACUCAAGUGUGUGGUGAGAAAAAAAACUAAAAGCAAAUGUGGAAGAACGCGCAACUCAAAAAAAGGCUCAAACUUUCGGCUCGCACGGAGGACCGUUUUAUAAUUUUUUGGGGGAAUAAAAAGUAGAUGAGAAAUAUGGAAAAAAAUUUGAUAAAAAAUGAAGAAUCGCUUCUCCGGCGAGCUGGCGUCAUUAAAUAUAAAUACAUAGAAAUAUAAAU